CAUUGUUGGGGGCACUCGUAAAUGAGUGCGAUGCGGUGCGAGUUCCCGCCUCGCGAUUAUUUAUAUAUAAGAAAAAUUGAAUUCUUGAUCUGCCAUAGAUAAUUGCUGUUUGUAUUUAUAAUUAUUUAGUGCAAUCAUGGCAGAAAAAGCACAAAUUAGAAUUCAGGAAUCCAUGACAUCCUUGGUAGAUGAUUUGGAUAAAUCCUUCCUAAGAGGCAUGCAACGCACAAUGCACCUCUGUGCUGCCGAGUGCUGUGAGAAGAAGGAGGCGUCAGUAGAUCAAGUCCAUCGCUGCAUAGAGUCUUGCAGUACACCGCUACAUCAGGCCCAGACGUUUGUCCAAAACGAACUUGCACAGUUCCAGGAGCGGCUGCAGCGCUGCGUGCUGGUGUGUCAAGACCGUGUUAAAGACAGAGUCACUGCUAACACUUCUGAAGCUCAGCCUGAGGGACGGGGGCUCUCCAUUGCUGGGUCCAUGGGUCGGGUCUUACGGGAUGCCACCCUCGGCCAGGGCGGGGUCUCCGUGUACAAGGCAGAGUUCGAGGCGUGCGCGAUGACGUGUGUUGACGACCACAUCAAGCUCAUGCCGUCCACCAAGAGAAGAAUAGCAGAGACCCUCUCUAAAAACUCAUAACGUCUUCACUGUGUAGCGCAAGUGUACAGUCAGGUUUCUCAAAUCUAUAUUAUGAAGCUCAAAUAUAGCGCGUAUGGCCACCGUACUGGUUUUACAAUUUGACAAAACUUUUCCAAAAAAUGCAUUUAGUAAAAUUACAAUGCAUUAGAGCUGAACGAGACCCAAUUGUUUUUGAGUGCGGAUUCCUGUCAUGACACAAAGUCCUCGAUGUUUCAUGUAAAUAUUUCUCCCGUCGUCUCCUUUAAAUUAUUAUUGUGGUGAACAUGAAUUUCGUUGUGAUGCGUGGUGGCAAGAAUAUGGGACAACGAUAAUUAGUCAAUUUCGAGAGAAUAAGUACCUCCUGUGAUUGAAUUGGAAUUCCAUUUGCAUAUGUGGUGGAACGCAUGAAUCGUCCAGUCAUGUGUGGUCGUAAGCGUGAAUCAUACCAGUUAUUUGUGUAAGAAAGCAGCAAUCAUGAUAUAUCACUUAGUCAAGUGUGGUCGAAGCGCUGAUGCUUUGGGUUGUCAUACAUUUCAAUUUUGACAUUCCGUCUCUUACUCCAGUUCUUUUGCACGAUAUCCACUGAAAAAUACCUCCCGUUUGAUAUCGUGCAAAUCUUGUAAUUUAAUGACUGUGACAAGCAAUUUUUGCUAACUCGACGUAUCAUAGACGGAAGCUCAAAGAUAUCAUGCAUGACAACUCAAUUUGUUAGCACUCGCCACAGCGAAUAUUCCCCUCCAGUUAAAUACAUAACUCGCACAGCUUAAAAACUAAGUUCGUUACAUCGCAUGUCCGACGAAAAUGUUAUAAUGAAAUGUUAAUCCCAUAAAA